CUUCUACUCUCGACUCCCAACUUUUCUUCUCUUCCUUUUUCCUUUCUUCUUCUUCAUCUCACUCUUGCCCUUUGCUCUAUCUCGAAAAGGAUCUUUCAAUUGAUCCAAUUUGGCACAGACAAGGGCUCUUAACCACUUUUUAUAACCAAAGUAAGAAUCAGAAGCAGUUGAAUCAACCGCCAAGAUGGUUCAGUCCGCUAUCCUCGGUUUCCCCCGUAUGGGUGUUAACCGUGACCUGAAGAAGGCCACCGAAGCUUACUGGGGUGGAAAGAUCUCUCAGUCCGACCUCCUCGCUGAGGCUAAGCGCCUCCGUCUUGCUCACUGGAAGAUCCAGCAGGAUGCCGGUGUCGACAUCAUCCCCAGCAACGACUUCGCCCUCUACGACCAGGUCCUCCACCAGAUCCAGGACUUCGGUGCUGUUCCCGAGCGAUACACCAAGGAUGGCCUUGACCCCAUUGACCAGUACUUCGCCAUGGGCCGUGGUCACCAGAAGGAGGGUGUCGAUGUUCCCUCUCUGGAGAUGGUCAAGUGGUUCGACUCCAACUACCACUACGUCAAGCCUACCCUCCAGGACAACCAGACCUUCAAGCUCACUGAUAGCCCCAAGGCUGUUGCUGAGUUCAAGGAGGCUAAGGAGGCUGGCAUCAACACCCGCCCCGUCCUCGUUGGUCCCGUUUCUUUCCUCCACCUCGGCAAGGCCGACCGUGGCCAGUCUGUCGAGCCCAUCGACCUUCUUGAGAAGCUCCUCCCCGUCUAUGAGCAGAUCCUCACCCAGCUGAAGGAGGCUGGUGCCGAGACUGUCCAGAUUGACGAGCCUGUCCUCGUCUUCGAUCUUCCCCAGAAGACCAAGGCUGCCUUCAAGCCCGCCUAUGAGAAGUUCGCCAGCCUUGGUGACAAGAUCCCCAAGAUUGUCUUCACCACCUACUUCGGUGACAUCGUCCACAACCUUGACCUCCUCCCCAAGGACGUCUAUGGUGUCCACAUCGACCUUGUCCGCAACCCCGAACAGCUCGAGAAGGUUCUCGGUGCUAUCGGCCCUAACACCAUCCUCUCUGCUGGUGUCGUCGACGGCCGCAACAUCUGGAAGACCAACCUGAAGCGUGCUAUCGAGACCGUUGAGACCGCUAUCCAGAAGCUCGGCAAGGAUCGUGUCAUUGCUGCCACCUCCAGCUCUCUCCUCCACACCCCUCACACUCUUGCCAGCGAGAAGAAGCUUGACCCCGAGAUUGCCGACUGGUUCUCUUUCGCUACCGAGAAGGCAUCUGAGAUUGCUCUCAUUGCCAAGGCCGUCACUGAGGGCCCUGCCUCCGUCCGCGAGCAGCUUGAGGCUAACGCCAAGUCCAUCAAGGCUCGUGCCGACUCUCCCCGAACCAACGACCCUCAGGUCAAGGAGCGCCAGUCCAAGGUCACCCAGAAGGACUACGAGCGCAAGAGCGAGUUCACCACCCGUAUCAGCCAGCAGCAGAAGAAGCUGAACCUUCCCCUCUUCCCCACUACCACUAUCGGAUCUUUCCCCCAGACCAAGGAGAUCCGAGUUCAGCGAAACAAGUUCACCAAGGGUGAGAUCACCGCUGAGGAGUACGACCGCUUCAUUGAGAAGGAGAUUGAAGAGAACAUCAAGAUCCAGGAGGAGCUUGACCUCGAUGUCUUCGUUCACGGUGAGCCUGAGCGUAACGACAUGGUUCAGUUCUUCGGUGAGCGAUUCCAGGGUUAUGCUUUCACCACACACGCCUGGGUUCAGUCCUAUGGUUCUCGAUGCGUCCGACCUCCCAUCAUCGUCGGUGACAUCUCUCGACCUCAGCCCAUGACCGUCAAGGAGUCCAAGUACGCCGUCUCGGUCUCCAAGAAGCCCAUGAAGGGUAUGCUUACUGGCCCCGUCACUUGCCUUCGAUGGUCUUUCCCUCGUGACGACGUCCACCAGUCCGUCCAGGCUGAGCAGCUUGCCCUUGCCCUCCGUGACGAGGUCGUCGACCUUGAGAAGGCUGGUAUCGACGUCAUCCAGGUCGAUGAGCCCGCUCUCCGUGAGGGUCUUCCCCUCCGCUCCGGUGAGGAGCGUGAUGCCUACCUCAAGUGGGCCGUCCAGGCUUUCCGCCUCUCCACCGCCGGUGUUGAGGACGCCACUCAGAUCCACUCUCACUUCUGUUACUCUGAGUUCCAGGACUUCUUCCACGCCAUCGCUGCCCUCGAUGCGGACGUUCUGUCCAUUGAGAACAGCAAGUCUGAUGCCAAGCUCCUCCGAGUCUUUGUCGACUCUGAGUACCCCCGCCACAUCGGACCUGGUGUCUACGACAUCCACUCUCCCCGUGUCCCCAGCGAGCAGGAGAUCAAGGACCGCAUCGAGGAGAUGCUUCAGUUCCUUAAGCCCGAGCAGCUCUGGAUCGACCCUGACUGUGGUCUCAAGACCCGUCAGUGGAAGGAGACCAAGGAGGCGCUUGCCAACAUGGUUAACGCCGCCAAGUACUUCCGUGCCAAGUACGCCAAAUAAAUGCCAACCCAUAAUUGUAUAAGAGGUUGAUGACGGUGAUGAAGGCGUAUGAGGAUUGUGUUAAUAGCAUUUUUGUGGAGGCUGUUCUUCAAAACAGCUACGAUUUCAACAUCGGCGUUUGGGACUGGCCUAAAAAAGGGACCAGAUAUGUUUGUGGUAAAAUCCUAAAAGUUAACCUGUGGAUUAGGAUCUGGGUACGGCUGGUUUGGCGAGCAUUCAACAUUUGCAUAUACCCUCCCGAUUGGGAGCAGAUGAGGGUCUAAAAUCAACAAAUUGACCUAUUUUUCAUGAUGAUGAUGAAA